UACACCAUGACCAAUCAUGUUACUUUUCCGUGACAUUGCACGCUGGAUGGCACCCCUCCUAGCUAGAAGUACAUUACGUUCACACAUGUGACAAUUGGUCAUGCUCUUCGGUCUACAUGGCAGUCUCGGGCCGCAGUGCUGUGGAACCCCCCCUCUCAAUAAACCCAUCGACUUUGGACCCCUUUCAAUACCUGUUCCCGCGGAUGAUUUGUAGUCUCCCUCUUUAUUCAAAGGUGUCCCCCUCCCCAAUCUCGCCAUGGCUCUAUACCAUUCCCUCUCUUGCUAGGAUACACCUCAAGUGGGAAUGCCGCCUUACUAUCUUCAAGAUUGUCAUUACUUCUACCGCACAGCCUUGCGCGGCCUGAACAUCAGCACCUGCGUUUCGCCCUUAUACACCUGAGCUGCUGGAUGCGGGCUAACAGGAUGCCUACUCAAGUUCGUAUAUUUGCUAUGCCAAAGUCUCUAGGCGAGACUCUCAGUGCUAGCUCCUCAGCGUCGAUUCCUCGUUCGAUUCCGGAGUAUACGGGGGAAAGGCCCGCGAGCCCCGAGCUCAGAAGUCGAGCGCCGAUCAUGGAAACCAUUCUAGAGAAACCAAAAGAAGGCGGUAUCACAUUUGCUUGCCAGGACAGCUUACCCAAGCUUCCUAUACCAGAACUAGAGCAAACAUGCAAAAAGUUUCUGGCGGCCUUGAAGCCACUACAGAGCCCCAGGGAGCAUGCCGAAACAACUAUCGCCGUCCAGGAGUUUCUGAAAGGGGAUGGGCCUGAUCUUCAGAGGAAGCUACAGGAGUACGCAGUGGGAAAGACAAGCUAUAUAGAGCAGUUUUGGUAUGAUUCGUAUCUAAAUUUCGACAACCCUGUCGUCCUGAACUUGAAUCCAUUCUUCCUGUUAGAAGAUGACCCGACUCCCGCGAGGAAUAACCAGGUCACUCGCGCGGCUUCUCUCGCCGUAUCGGCAUUGGAGUUCGUGCGAGCCGUUCGCCGAGAAGAGUUGCCUCCAGAUACGGUCAAGGGCGUUCCUUUGGAUAUGUAUCAAUACUCACGAUUGUUCGGCACCGCUCGGGUGCCAACAGAAAAUGGCUGCCAGAUCGAACAGGAUCCAGACUCGAAACACAUUGUUGUGUUAUGCCAUGGCCAAUUCUAUUGGUUUGACGUGCUCGACGAUAACUCGGACCUUAUCAUGAGCGAGAAGGACCUCUCUAUCAAUCUUCAGACAAUAAUCGAUGACGCGGCCCAAACGCCCAUACAGGACGUUGCUAAGGGGGCUCUUGGUAUACUGAGUACCGAAAACCGGAAGACCUGGUCAGGGUUGAGAGAUAUUCUUACGAAGGAGGAGGGCUCCAACAACGCAGACUCUCUCGGCAUUGUUGAUUCGGCAUUGUUCGUGCUAUGUCUCGACUACGUCGAACCCGCCACCGCAGCUGCGUUGUGCCAGAAUAUGCUUUGCGGUACGAACGAGGUUGUGAAGGGAGUACAGAUUGGUACUUGUAUCAACCGAUGGUACGAUAAACUCCAAAUAAUUGUCUGCAAGAACGGGAGCGCAGGGAUAAAUUUCGAGCAUACCGGUGUAGACGGACACACCGUACUCAGAUUCGCCAGCGACCUCUACACGGACACUAUCCUCCGGUUCGCGAGAACCAUCAACGGCCAGGCCCCGAGUCUUUGGAAGACGGUCAGUCCUGAUCCCUCAAAACGCGAUCCCGAAAGUUUCGGAGACGUUACUACUACCCCUCAUAAACUGGAAUGGGACAUGUCGCCGGAGCUUAGCAUCGCUGUGCGGUUCGCCGAAACCAGGCUAGCAGACCUACUUAGUCAGAAUGAGUUCGAAUGCCUAGACUUCAAUGGUUACGGGAAGAACUAUAUCACCUCGGCCGGCUUUUCACCUGACGCUUUCGUCCAAAUGGCCUUCCAAGCAGCUUACUAUGGGCUUUAUGGCCGUGUUGAGUGUACCUACGAACCGGCCAUGACCAAGGCAUACCUCCGCGGUCGGACCGAAGCUGUCCGAACGGUUUCGGAGGAGUCGGUCAAUUUUGUCCAGACGUUCUGGGCGGAUAAUCCGGCCGAGCUUAAGGUGGAAGCUUUGCGCAAGGCGUGCCAACAGCACGUCAACAGCACUAGGGAAUGCUCGAAAGGACGAGGUUGCGAUCGACACCUCUACGCCUUAUUCUGUGUGUGGCAAAGGUAUCUGGACGAAGAAAACAGCCGCUCGUCCAGCAGUAUCGGAUAUUCGAGCCCACUUGAAAACUCGGAGCGGGGAUCCGUGAUUGGCAGCCCCGGUAAAGACUCCAUCUUAUCAACAAGCGAGGAAGUCAGGACGCGCCAGCGCGGUGAUAGCACGAGUUCGCGAUGGCAGGAUGCGCAUCCUGUACCACCGAUAUUCGCGGACGGCGGGUGGGAUAAGCUAAACAACACCAUUCUCUCAACGUCCAAUUGUGGCAACCCUUCCCUACGCCAGUUCGGAUUCGGACCGACAUCCGGGGGCGGUUUCGGCAUCGGCUAUAUAAUCAAAGACGACAGCAUUAGUAUAUGUGUGUCUAGCAAGCAUCGCCAGACGAAGCGGUUCGUCGAUGCUUUGGACGGUUACCUCCUCGAGAUCCGACGGAUCUUAAGGAUCACGAACCGCAAGUCUACAAGCUCGAAACAAACUCGGGCCCGCGAGAUCGAUCCCGAAAAGGCGAGGAGGGCAAAUCACCGUCCUAAAGCGCGAGGACGGAUGAUCACCAGCAUGGAUACUCUCAGGUCGCAAACGAGGUCCUCUACGGGAACGCGGUCGCCGACAGAAGAGAGUCUCAUGAUGAGCGAGGAUGACGAACUGGGGGGGUAUGGAUUUUUCGACGCAGGGAUGCUGCUCCAGGCGCUGAAGGCUCGCGGCGAAACGCUCGAGGGGGAGUCGAAGGCGUCGGAGAGGGCGGCCGCGAAUGCGAGGAGAAGAGAGAUUGGCAAGAAGCUACGGCUAGUCGAAUACUAAGUGACACGUAUCUCUACUUCCACCCUCGAUGGUCUCCGAGAGAGAGCGACAUAUCACGACUGCCGACCAACAGGAUCCCCCAAUGGGGGGCAGGAGAAGACGGAGAAUGGUUGUGCCCGCAUAUGUGGAAACGUGCAUUGUUGCCUCGGCUUGGUUUUGUCUAGUUUGUAUGGUAUUUAGUAACCUUUGCAUAAGGUCGUUCGUAG